AUGUGCGAUUUGAUCGGACCAGUUUUGAGAUCGUUGCGCUGCUCUGAAAGCCCAACAAUGCAGAUACAGGAAGCCCUCUUGGUCACAUAUUGUUCGCAUCCUUUCAUCUAAACUUAUGGACAUUUAUUCACGCUUUCGUUUCGUGUCCACCGGAGGGAAGCGGCCUGGGACACAUGUGUCCGCGGAUGAGAGAGGAGGACUGUCAACAUAACCUGGGAGGGGGGGUGGAGGAAGAAAUGGUCGUGUUUUCAUUGAGCCUCAUUCUCACGUUCAGGUCCUGGCGUCGCUGUUGAACUUUUCAAAAUGAGGAUCCUCGCGUCUCUGCUGAAAAACACGAACCCCAAAAUCGAGUAUUACUCCAGAUUUUCGCCGUCCCCGCUCUCCAUUAAACAGUUUCUGGAUUUUGGCCGGGACAAUGCCUGCGAGAAAACAUCCUACAUGUUCCUGCGUAAGGAGCUGCCGGUGCGGCUGGCCAACACCAUGCGAGAGGUGAACCUGCUACCGGACAACUUGCUCAGCCAGCCCUCAAUCAGACUGGUACAGAAGUGGUACAUGCAGAGCUUUGUGGAGCUGCUGGAUUACGAGAACAGAAAGCCAGAGGACCCUCACGCUCUGAAUGAUUUCCUGGAGCUCUUGAUUGAGAUCCGUAACCGUCACAACGAUGUGGUGCCCACCAUGGCUCAGGGAGUCAUCGAGUACAAGGAGAAAUUUGGCUUCGACCCUUUCAUCAGCAGCAACAUCCAGUAUUUCCUCGACCGCUUCUACACCAACCGCAUCUCUUUCCGUAUGCUCAUCAACCAGCACACUCUACUGUUUGGUAACGACACCAACCCUGCGCUUCCAAAACAUAUUGGCAGCAUUGAUCCAACCUGCAGUGUGGCUGAAGUUGUCAAUGAUGCCUAUGACACAGCCAAGAUGUUGUGUGAGAAGUACUACUUGGCAGCUCCAGAGCUGAAGAUUGAAGAGUUUAACAUGAAGGCCCCAAAUAAGCCCAUCCAGGUGGUGUAUGUGCCCUCUCAUCUGUUCCACAUGCUGUUUGAGCUCUUCAAGAACUCAAUGAGAGCCACGGUGGAGCUUCAUGAAAACAGUGAAGAGGGAUUACCACCAGUGAAGGCCAAAGUCACUCUGGGUAAAGAGGAUCUCUCUGUUAAGAUCAGCGACAAAGGAGGAGGAGUUCCUCUGAGGAAGAUAGACCGUCUGUUUAACUACAUGUACUCCACUGCCCCGACGCCAAGCCUGGAGCCAGGAGCUGUCCCACUGGCUGGUUUUGGCUACGGUUUGCCCAUUUCUAGGCUCUAUGCCCGUUACUUCCAGGGGGAUCUGAAACUCUACUCCAUGGAGGGCGUGGGCACUGAUGCUGUCAUCUAUCUGAAGGCCCUGUCCAGUGAGUCCUUCGAGCGCCUGCCUGUCUUCAACAAGUCAGCGUGGCGGCAUUACAAGACCAGCCCGGAGGCCGAUGACUGGAGCAACCCCAGCAAAGAGCCCCGUGAUGCCAGCAAGUCCACAUACAAAGCCAACAGAUAACUCUGCACGACCCGCUAGCCCGGCACCUCGGCUGGGAGCCCGAAAAAAGCUCGCUCUCUGGCCCCCAGAGCAUGUCGGAUGAAAUGUUGCCCUUGGGUAAAUGCUUUGUUUAGGAUCAGACUUGAUUUUACAUUCCAGUGGUUAAAGGUUUGGGAAAAAGAUGCAUGACCUUGACUUACAUCUGUACCCAAUGGCAAUAACAUUCAUCAGCGUAGCUUUUAUUGUGGCGGCGUGACCACUGGCUUUCCCCAGGACGGACUUCAAAAUGAACGUCCUGGAAAUGAUGGGUCCUCGCUGUCAUUUAAUCACAUGAUCUGUGAGUCUGUGCUGAGGCCGACUUUAAUUUUCUCUGCUAUACAACCAAGCUCUCUUUCCUCCGUCACCAUUUCCCCUCCCUCUGUCUCACGCACUGUUUGGCCUGGCUUGUCUUUGCUGACGAGGCCCGCUGCUCCCUGUGGCUGAAUAAGCCAUGCACUGCUGAUUGAAAGUCUUUUCAGCAGCAGUGGGGGCUUGUAUUCUGUUUCCCUCUCUCAGACACAAGAUGAGUCAGAGUGGGGUGAGUUUCAGAGCAAAUUGGGCUGAGAGGGAGGGUUUCAUUUCCUUCCUUUGGGAGACACUUUUGACUGAACACACAAUUAGGCCAGUGUGCCAUUGGCAUAGUAAAGACUUGUUUUGGUUAAACUCUGUUCAAGCUUGGGAAAAUGUAACGCAACAUUGCCACUUUAUGACAGAACAUUUGAGCUCUUUUGGAAUAAUUAUAGGAAUUACAGUACACGCUUUUCUUUUUUUAAAUCUAGAAGACAUGACUUUUAUUUGAUGUCAAAGAGAGAAAGCCUUACUUCUGGGAAUUAACAUCCUAUUUAAUGUUUUUUAAAAAGAGGCUCUACAGGAACUUAUAGUUCAUUUAUUAUUGAAAAAAUGUUAGAAAUACAGAGUAUUCUGUUAUGUUGUACUGCUUCACAUAUUGAAGUUAACUAAACGCCCUGAUCUACCGUACAGAGAGCAGACCAGCUCUCCUCAUCAGACCUGCUCUGUACCGAUUGAACGCCUGCUAAAGGACCAAAGGAGCGUCUGUAGGAUGCUUACAAAACACCACCAUGCCAGUCAAGUAGCUUCCACCACACCAGCAUGAUGAAAUGUACGAGAGAGGAAUGGACAUGACGCAUCUAAAGAGGACUAAAUAAUACGGACCUGCCAUACUAGAAACAAGACACGCUAACAGCUACCAGCGCUAACAAUGCUUCAUCCUGUCAGCCUUGUUAUAUUCUUACUAAUCCCUACAGUCCUCUUGAGUGACAAAGCGUGUCUGCUUUAAAUGUGCUUUUGUGUUUGUAACCAUAAGAGAGCAAAAAUAUUGGAUAUCUAAUUUAUUUAUCUAGGAGCAAAAACUGUUAAAGAACUAGUUUUUCAGGUGUCUGCACUGUUAUCGCUCUCUCCUUUUUUUUAAUGUUGGACUCAGACUGUUUUUUAUUUAUUUCGUGAUUUUUUUUCUCCGCUUGUAUUCAAAAAAAAAAUGUGUAGACAGUCCACUUCUUUAUUUAAUUUAAAGGAACUCAAGCAACAUUUGGAAAAGCCGGCAGGGUAAAAUGUGAUGAAAGGAGCCAAGUAAUGUUUUGUUACUGAGAUAGCCCUGUCCAACCAUCUGUUUUUGUUUUUAUCACAUACAGGAACAUGUUUAAUGCACUUUAGUUAGCCUACCUGUGCAAUUCUCCUUUCAACAAUUAUAACAAUAAUCAUCUUUCCUAAAUUUCUUUCAAUCCUCUGUCAAGAUGUUUUUUUUGUUUUUUUUUGGAAAAUUAAAAUCAGGAGAGUUCCCAGGUCACCACUACUUCAAAAAUAAACUAACAUGGCUAAAACAUGGUACCAUUUCUUAAGACUAGAUGAUGGGGGAAUUUCUGCAUUCUGAAGUGACUUCCUUUUCUCAUCUCCUUCAGCUCAAGUCUGAUGUGAAAAGAGCGGAGUGUAGCAGAAGAAACCAGACAAAGCAAGCAUCCUCGUCUUUUUCAGCCUCACUGUAAAGUUUCAUCACUGCCGAUGCCUUUGUAAACUGCCAGUCUCUGGUACUCAGUGACAAAGCUGCUGUAAAAGAAGUGCUGUGUUGUACGAUAGACACAACAGGCCGCCACAUUUAGAACCCCCCCCCUUUGUUAAAGUUUUAACUCAAACCAAACUGUGUGAAUCAGAGGCCUGAUCUCCAGUGGUUGUCAACCUUUACUGUAAAAGACUAUUUCUGUACCUAGAGUACGGUAUUUUAGAAAAUAUUAUGUACAUAACGAUAACAAGAUAUUUGUUGUAUAUGCAGCCAGUGUCCCAUCCUGCUGUACCUCCAGCUUAAACAAAUGUAUCUGUGUGCAUGAAAGAAGGAGUGAAUGAAGACAUGCAACAUACCAAAUGAAGGACAGUCGAAUGUUGUGUCAGCAUGAGAUCAAAUACAGUUGUCAAACCCUGACAAUAAAGACAUAGCUGUUGAGUGCGA